AUGAAUUUCGGUCAAAAACUUUUAGAAAUCACAACUGACAAUGCUGCCAAUAUGCUUGCGAUGGGGUGUAUUCUAAAAGAAAAAAUUAGCGAUGAAUUUGAUAAUCAAGAUGUACAGCAUUUUCACUAUAGUACGCAUGUUCUCAAUAUUAUUGUCAAAGAAGAAAUAAAAUCAAUUAGUAAAGAAAUUUCCAAGGCACAGGAGUUCUCUAUGAAACUUCGAAACUCUCCAUUGCUUAUUC